AGUAUGUGCACGUCUUUAACUUUAAAUAUUAUCAUUCAUUCACAUUAUUAUCAGUUACUGUCAGUCCGAUCAGUCUAAACUCAGUGAUUGUAGAUACGUCGAAUCACGAACACGUUGUACUGGUGAAAUGUCAAUAUUGUUUACGAAAUGGGCUCGUUCGUGGUAAACAGUUUUCUUUUUAACUUCAUGGUCGGUCUUGUUGUUACUUUCGCGUUGCCGUUCGAAGGAUUGUACGAGUUGAAUAUUAUUCAUUACAAUGAUUUUCAUGCCAGAUUUGAAGAAACGUCAGUAGAAACUCCAACAUGUCGGGUGAACAAUAACUCUUGCUUAGGCGGCUUUCCAAGACUCUACAAGAAGAUCGAAUCGCUACGACAGAAAAAACCGAAUUCUAUACUUCUGAAUGCAGGCGACAGCUUCCAAGGAACCUACUGGUAUACGCUGCUCAAAUGGAACAUCACACAGGAGUUCAUGAACCUUUUGGAACACGAUGCUCAUGCAAUCGGCAACCAUGAGUUUGAUGACGGGCCAGAAGGCUUGGCGCCAUACCUGAGAGCCCUAAAAGCACCAAUUCUUGCAGCCAACAUGGAUAGUAGCAAAGAGCCCAUCUUACAAGGCUUGUACAGACCGCACAUCAUCAUAGAGCGGAAGAAGAGGAAAAUUGGUAUUAUAGGACUUAUCACUCCAGACACUAAGAUUUUAUCGUCGACUGGUGAUGUGGAGUUCACUGACCCGCUGGAAACUGUGAAGCGGGAAGCCAAAGAGCUUAAUGAUCAAGGAGUUGAUAUUAUCAUUGUACUGUCACAUUGCGGUCUUGAUAUUGACAAAAAAAUCGCACAGGACUGCGGCGAGCACAUAGACAUCAUAGUUGGUGGUCAUUCACAUUCUUUGCUCUGGAACGGACCGGCUCCCAGUGGUGAAGAGGUGGCAGGGCCUUACCCAGUGUUUAUUGAGUCCUCCGCUAACAAGAAACAUAAGGUAGUGAUAGUCCAAGCAUCAGCAUACACCAAGUACAUGGGCAACCUGAAAGUUUAUUUCAACUACUGCGGGGACUACAUCAAAUGGGAGGGCGGACCGAUUUUCCUCGAUAGGAAUGAACCAGAAGAUUUGGAGAUUAAAGCAAGACUAGCACCAUACGCCGACUUGGUCCACAGGGCGGAGCAAGAGGUGAUAGGCGAGAGUCAAACUACACUUAACCUCGAGGACUGUGUGUUUGGAGAGUGCGCUCUUGGGGACCUGCUGGUGGACUCCAUGGCUGAAUAUGCAAAGACCUUACAUCCGGAGUUCCAUUACAUAUCGUUUGUUCAGCGUGGCAACAUCAGAGCUCCGAUACCUAGUGGACCAAUAACUAAAGGUACCAUUGUCGAGCUGUUGCCUUUCAACGACCGGGUGGAGCUGUUCGAGCUUCAAGGCAAGGAUGUUCUAUUGGCGCUGGAAAGGGGCGUAUCUGACGCUUGGGCUAUGAAUCCUUUCAAAGGACCCUAUGUGCUGCAAGUUUCAGGUCUUCAAGUGACAUACAAUGUAUCGCUGCCAGAAGGCCAGCGUCUGACAUCAGUGUCCGUCGGCAACAGUCGAGACUCCAGCGUGCCACUGGACUCUUCAGUGUACUACCAUGUCGUCGCGCCGGCCUUUUUGGCUGGCGGUGGAGACGGAUUUACGAUGUUCAAAGAUGGCAAAAGGAACGUCGAAGUCGCCGCCAGCCGCGAUCAGAAAGUUUUAGAAACUUACAUUGAUAAUCAUUCGCCAAUUAAUGUAUCUAAGGACGGCCGAUUAGUUGUUAAUUCUUAGAAUAAUAUUUUUGUACAUUAUACAUGUUUUAAUAGGCUGUUUUUCAUUUUUAUAGUACAAUAUUAUAUGUUAUUUAAUAAAUGAAUAAGUAUUUAUUCA